AUGGAUUUGGACUUAAAUCGUGAUCUUCAAGACUUCCAGCAUUUGCUCAAUGAUCUUCAGGUUAACUUGUAUGAGUUUAAGCAUUUAAAGAUAACAAAUGACACCGACUUGGAGUUCAUCCGCCUGAAUACUCAGGCCCAGACCACAGACCUGUACGAAAAACUUGAAGAACUCGAAAACAUCAUAACAGCGAAACUUGAUUGCGUAUCUGGAGAUAUUCAGGAGGACAUGGAAUACCAGUUUGCACUACUUAAAGAGCGAUUUUUCGAUGUGAGAGUGGACUUUAGAGAAUUAUUGCUUUCCUCAAAAUCUUGGACAGUGCAAGAGGAAGAAGAGCAAACUGAUGAGUUGACAAACGAGCCGAUCCUCGAUGAUCAUAAUCUUAAAAAACUUACAAAGGAAGAGCAGCUGCUGAACAAAAACUCGCUCCUCACGAGUAAACUACAAAGUGUAAAUCAAUUGCUACAGUCAUCGCUCUUGGCCAGCGAAAUGAAUAUUUCAGAUCUUGCACAUUCAACAAAUUCCCUGACAACCUUGUCAAAUAAGUACAGUUAUUUCACAGAUGUUCUUGUUAGGUCAAACAAACUGGUGAGGACUAUAAAUGAGUCAAGUUCCAAGGAAAGAAAGCAGAUUUACAGCUCCCUGUAUUUCUUCUGUACAGUCUGCAUUUGGAUACUAUACAAGAGAAUCUUUCGAAAACCUAUCAGAUUGUUCAUCUGGCUACUAUACAAGUCCUUGACUGUAAUGUUCUGGGGGGCCUCUUCACUCAAAGCAAAAAACUCAGUUGUGGAACUGACAGCAUCUAUGAGCGACACGAUAAUGGAAGUCACUGCGACGGUCUUGGAACCCAGCAAAUCAAUCCUACUGGAAACGGCCACAUCAACCAUCCAAUCUAUGCUCAAAGAUGAGCUUUAA